CUCUCGCAGCACCCUGUGCAUUUCUGGUUUGCCACGGGCGGAGCAGGGUUUUGUAUCAGCCGGGGGCUGGCGCUGAAGAUGAGCCCGUGGGCCAGUGGGGGCCACUUCAUGAGCACCGCGGAGAAGAUCCGCCUGCCCGACGACUGCACCAUCGGCUACAUCAUCGAGUCCGUGCUGGGGGUGAAGCUCAUCCGGAGCAACCUCUUCCACUCACACCUGGAGAACCUCCACCAGGUGCCCAAGACGGAGAUCCACAAACAGGUGACACUAAGCUACGGCAUGUUCGAGAACAAGCGCAACUCCAUCCACAUGAAGGGAGCCUUCUCCGUCGAGGAGGACCCGUCCAGGUUCCGCUCGGUGCACUGCCUGCUGUACCCCGACACGCCAUGGUGCCCGGCCAAUGUGGUUUACUAG